GCGGGUAGCCUCUCAGUGCAGUUAACAUUUAUUUAUGUAAAUAGGGUGCUGCAAGGACUACUCGCAUCCGUUUCUUCAGAAGCGGACUUAUGGACCCUGAAGCUGGGUGUCCAUAUCUAUUGAGUGUGCUCUGCUAGCACUGACUUCCUUCCUGUGACAGAUUCUUUGCCAGAGGGCUCUCAGAGCAAGGACCAGAACUGUUGCUCCAGGUACCCUGGUUAGUUUGUGGGAAAAUUUGAGCUGAGUCUUGUGGAGACUCUCAGCAGAUGAGAUGUCAUCCAUAUUGCCUUUCACCCCUCCUGUGGUGAAGAGACUUUUGGGCUGGAAGAAGUCAACCAGUGGACCAGGUGUCGCAGGUGGUGGAGAUCAGAACGGGCAAGAGGAGAAGUGGUGUGAGAAAGCUGUGAAGAGCCUAGUGAAGAAGCUAAAGAAGACGGGCCAGCUGGAUGAGCUAGAGAAAGCAAUCACCACACAGAACUGCAACACAAAGUGUGUCACCAUCCCGAGCAAUUGCUCUGAAAUCUGGGGACUGAGUACACCAAAUACGAUAGAACAGUGGGACACCUCAGGCCUUUACAGCUACUCUGACCAAACCAGAUCACUACCGGUAGAUGGCCGCUUGCAAGUCUCCCACAGGAAGGGGCUUCCCCAUGUUAUCUACUGCCGCUUGUGGCGAUGGCCGGACCUUCACAGCCACCACGAGCUACGCGCCAUCGAAGCCUGUGGGUACGCCUUCCAUCUCAAGAAGGAUGAGGUCUGCAUCAACCCCUACCACUACCAGAGGGUGGAGACUCCAGUGCUGCCUCCUGUUCUUGUGCCAAGACACUCAGAAAUCCUCCCCGAGCUGCCACCUCUGGAUGACUACAAUCAUUCCAUACCUGAGAACACAAACUUCCCUGCGGGAAUCGAACCUCCUAACAACUAUAUACCAGAGACGCCUCCACCGGGCUACAUCAGUGAGGAUGGAGAGGCCAGUGACCAACAGAUGAAUCAAAGUAUGGACACAGGUUCUCCAGCAGAACUCUCUCCCAGCACUCUGUCUCCUGUCAAUCACAGCAUGGACCUGCAGCCUGUGACGUACUCUGAGCCAGCCUUCUGGUGCUCUAUAGCGUACUACGAGCUCAACCAGCGCGUCGGGGAGACGUUCCACGCAUCUCAGCCUUCGCUAACGGUGGAUGGAUUCACAGAUCCAUCAAACUCUGAGCGGUUUUGUCUGGGCUUGCUGUCAAACGUUAACAGGAACGCCACCGUGGAGAUGACUCGAAGGCACAUAGGAAGGGGAGUCAGACUUUAUUAUAUUGGAGGGGAGGUGUUUGCUGAGUGCUUGAGUGAUAGCGCUAUCUUCGUCCAGAGUCCAAACUGCAACCAGCGGUAUGGCUGGCAUCCAGCGACAGUGUGUAAAAUUCCUCCAGGUUGUAAUUUAAAAAUCUUCAACAAUCAAGAAUUUGCUGCCCUGCUGGCACAGUCGGUGAACCAGGGCUUCGAGGCCGUCUACCAGCUCACCAGGAUGUGCACCAUCCGUAUGAGCUUCGUCAAAGGCUGGGGAGCCGAGUACAGGCGACAAACUGUCACGAGCACGCCGUGCUGGAUUGAGCUGCAUUUGAACGGUCCCUUGCAGUGGCUGGACAAAGUUCUGACCCAGAUGGGCUCCCCAUCUGCACGCUGCUCCAGUAUGUCCUAAACAGCAAGAGGAACCCCCCCCAAAAAAGUCUAUUACAAAAUUGAUUACUCCCUAAACUUGAGUUUAUUUUAUUUUUCUUGGGAA